AUGAUGUUCGGAUACCGUGGCUGGCGACGACAGUGGGGCGACGAGCGGCACUGCGGCGGUGCUCUCUUGUGGCAAUUGAACGACUGCUGGCCGACUAUUUCAUGGGCCAUCGCCGAUUACUUUUUGAACCCGAAACCAGCUUACUACGCAGUGAAGAGAGUUCUAAACCCAAUUGCGGUCGGAGUUCGACGCGAACACCAUGAUUGGAGUGUAGCGCAUGCUCAGCCAGCUAAGACAAGCAAAUACGAAUUGUGGAUCGCCAGUAACAAGACGCAAGUCGUCCGUGGUCAAGUAGAGCUUCGAUUCAUCUCUGUCAAUACAGGUCGCGAAACUCGCCCACCGAUCGUUCAUGCAGAUAUUGAGAUCACGCCGAAUGGAACAACCAACAUCAUCGAUGGGGUAUUGGACCAUGUCGCAGAACCCGAGCCAAUUGUCCUGGCUGCACGCCUCUGGGUGGAGAACGAAAUCGUCGCGCGAGAUGUGGACUGGCCACAACCAUUCAAAUAUCUCGAUCUCUCGGAUCGCAAGCUCGACGUCGAAACCGUGUCGGACUCCGGGUCAGUUCGCGUGACUUUCCGUGCGCAUAAGCCUGUCAAGGGUCUGGUGGUGGAGGAACAGGUCGAUGUUAAGUUGAGUGAUAAUGCUUUGGAUAUCGUUCCAGGCGAUGAACAGACCAUCACCGUUACGGGACUUGAAGGGCGGCGUACUCUGAAAUAUCGCUAUCUCGGCUUGGAUCAGGCGGGCGAGAUAUCCCUGUAA